GUUUGAUCUGUAGGGAAAAGUGGAGGCACUGAGACUACCCCACACUUUUGGAUCAGGGAGUAACAUUUAUGCCAGAGCUCUGAAGGCACCAAGGGGAAGGAAACACAUCCCACGUCACCUCAGGGAAGGGGCCUUUCCUGGCCAUGUCUUCAACAGCAACGGCUGAGCCAGAAGGGGACCAGCAGGACAGGCAUGUCAGCAAGCUCAUUUUCUUCCUCUUUGUCUUGGGCGCCGUCCUGCUUUGUGUGGGAGUCUUGCUUUCCAUCUUUGGGUACCAGGCCUGCCAAAAUGAAUCCCUCCCAGACUGCAGCAUGGUACUGAAGAUCGCCGGGCCUUCAUGUGCUGUGAUUGGGCUUGGGACUGUGAUCCUGGCCCGCUCCAGGGCACGACUUCAGUUCCUGCAGGGGCGGCGACGAGGCGACCAGGCAGACCCAAACCAAGCCUUCAUCUGUGGAGAGAGCCGCCAGUUUGCCCAGUGCCUUAUCUUUGGGUUUCUGUUCUUGACAAGUGGCAUGCUCAUCAGCAUACUGGGCAUUUGGGUCCCUGGAUGUAGCUCAGACUGGGUGUCGGAAUCACUGAACCAGACAGAAACUGCCAGCAUGGAGCCUCCAAUCUGUGGGUUCCUUUCUCUGCAGAUCAUGGGGCCUUUGAUUGUGCUUGUGGGAUUGUGUUUUUUUGUGGUUGCCCACCUCAAGAAGAGAAACAACUUGAGUGUGAGCCAGGAUGCCUCUGAAAGCGAAGAGGGACACUCCCACAAUAUGGAGCCUGUCCAGGUCACUGUAGGUGACUCUGUGAUAAUAUUCCCACCCCCUCCGCCACCUUACUUUCCUGAGUCUUCAGCUUCUGCAGGAACUCGAAGUCCUGGGGCAAACAGCUUGCUUCCAGCCGAAAGCCCUCCUUCUUAUUACAGCCUUUUUAAUGAUGGCAGAACCCCAGCUCCUGAGAGCCAGGGCCAGGCCCCCGAGAGACCACGAGAGUUCGUCUACACCAUCUCUGGGCCGCCUGCCCGCUCCGACUUCUCCCACACUCCUCAUCCCUCAUCGGAACCGCCUCCUAGAUACGAAGAAAAAGAACACGCCCCAAACACACCCUGGUCUCCAUCUUCAGAGUCUUCCCCACCGUGA